UGAGUUGGUUUGGCUUGGCGAGCUUUGCGCCGGGACCUCGGAGCCGCUGGACGCGCGUGAAUGAACCCCAGCGCAGGAUGUUCGUGUUGGUGGAGAUGGUGGACACCGUUCGCAUACCCCCGUGGCAGUUUGAGCGGAAACUCAACGACUCCAUUGCUGAGGAGCUGAACAAGAAAUUGGCCAACAAGGUCGUCUACAACGUGGGACUCUGCAUCUGUCUGUUUGAUAUCACCAAGCUGGAGGAUGCCUAUGUCUUCCCAGGGGAUGGAGCAUCACACACCAAAGUCCAUUUCCGUUACGUGGUGUUCCACCCUUUCCUGGAUGAGAUUCUCAUUGGGAAGAUCAAAGGCUGCAGCCCGGAGGGUGUGCACGUCUCUUUAGGGUUCUUUGAUGACAUUCUCAUCCCCCCUGAGUCACUGCAGCAGCCUGCCAAGUUUGAUGAAGCAGAACAAGUGUGGGUGUGGGAGUAUGAGACGGAAGAAGGAGCUCAUGACCUGUACAUGGACACUGGGGAGGAGAUCCGCUUCAGGGUGGUGGAUGAGAGCUUUGUGGACACAUCCCCCACAGGACCCAGCUCAGCUGAGGCUGCCUCUUCAAGUGAGGAGCUGCCAAAGAAGGAAGCACCAUAUAUGCUUGUGGGAUCUAUCAGUGAGCCAGGCCUGGGCCUUCUCUCCUGGUGGACCAGCAACUAGCCCUGGGGCUCACAGUGACUGCCUAGCCCGAAGACCUGUCCAGACUUGUGAAAGUAGUGAACAGUUGGCACUGAGUGCUGACCAGAGCCAGGCUUGGUGGGACCAGGAGCAGGGUGACAGGUGCUUAUCCUCUCCCUCCCCAGCACUGCUUCUCUGGUCUGGAGCCACCCCGAACCAUUUCCAGUGUUACGGAUCUAGGCUGGCUUCUCACUUGCUGUAUAGCAUAGAAUAGCCUGGAGUUUCUGAUCCUCCAGCUUCUACCUCUUAAGUGCUGGGAUGACAAGUGUGCAGUACUAUUGAGCUUACGUGAAGGUAGGGAUGGGGCCCAGGGCUUGUUGUGCACACCAUGCAAGCAUUUGACCAGCUCAGCUGCUUCCCCAGCACAAGGACUGAUUUUCUUUUUCUUUUUUCUUUUCUUUUUUUUUUUUUUUUGUUGUAAUUUUUGUAAUUUAAUUUUUUUUUGUAAUUUCUUCAGGGCUGAGGAUGGAACUUUCAUGUUAAGUAGGUGGUGUACUACUGAGCUAAGCCUAGUCUAUCCUAUGAACUUCUGGCUUUCAGUGACAGCAGAAACAUUUAAUAAAUACUGGUGGCAGCAGUAGGAACCUCCCCAUUUCAGCAGCUGACAUCACAAUCUAAGGUCACUGAAUUGCCAAUCUGGGAUAGCAUAUCCUGCCUCAUCCCAAGGUCCAUUUAGAGAUGACCUUUCCCAAGCCCACAGAUGUAGGUCUUUGAGACCAGGCUGACUACUGAGCUUAGUGGCUCUGUAAUAAAAGUAGAAGUCACUCUGGGCAGGUGUUUUGGGUCAGUACUGUCAGUUGCUGAUUGAAGUUGGAACACUAAGCAGCCUUAAUUCCACAGCAUCUGGAAGGCAGAGCCUCCAAAAUGAACCAAAAACCCUCCCUGUCUAGGACGUGGAGAUGGAGGCCUACCUCACAGGAAGCCUGGGGCGGCUGCUGCCUCAACUGUGACCAUGAGUGCUCUGUGGGGAUAGAGUUGCCCCAGGUCCACAGAUGACUGUCUAGUCCUGCUGUUCCUUUCUUACUGGCACUUGUGUGACAAACCCCUGUGGCCUGCCCAUGUGAGAUUUAGCUGAUGCAGCCUAAUAAUAUAAUAUAAUAAUAUCGUGUCACAACUCUGCUGCAGAGGCUAGAGGGGCAGACAGCAUGCAACAUUUAUUAGCUGUGUCUUGGAGCAGGUUAUUUUUCAGGCUGUUUUAACUCUAUAGUCUAGGCUGGACUUGAACUCAGAUCCAUCUUUAAGCUAGGUGCUGUGCUGACUCUCGGGGUAAAGACCAGGUCUAGAACUGUAGUCCCCUAGGGGGACAGAGGAGGAGGCAGCUCUUGGUCACCGAAGCUCUCGUCUAUUGCAGGCACAUGUGUAGGGGCAGGAGGGGGUGGAGUAGUUUUUUGUCAUCGCUCCUGACUUGGCUACAGUGACCAAGGAAUGAUGAAGCCUUGGCUUGAAACCCUCCAUCAGCCCAAGCUGAUAAUAGUAGACACCAACCAUUCUCACAACAUUCAAUAGAUUUGGAUUUUUUUUUUCUUAUAAGAACAAGUUUCUCUAAAAUCCUUCAGCCACCAGUGAAAUGAUCAGGCAGAAUAAAAACUUCUGUAGAGGGA